CAUAUUGACAAAUUGCAUCGCAAUCAUAAAAAAAUACAAUACAAAAUUAUUAUUUUUUUCAUGAUAGUACCGCGAUUUGAAAUUUUUAGAAGAUUUAGAACAGAUUUUAAACAUUCAUGUUUCAUAUUGCAUGCUCAAGUGUGAAUGAAUCUUAAUGCGAAUUUGAAAGACUGUGACAACGCUAAGGCGACUUUCAAAUGUCAAAUGUUGUUAUUCGACUCACCAAACACAAAAUUAACUUCGCUAUCUUAGUUUGAUAAUGAUUUCAUACGAUAAAUAAUUGAUUACAAGGUGAUGGAAUUUGUCAUCCAAAAUAUUAAUUCGUGGUAAUAUUCCAAGUAUAAAAUAAGCAUUAUUUUUGGUGACAGAACAAACAGCUGAUUGAAUUCUGUCACAUAUACCUGCUACCUGAUCAAUAUGGAAAAGCAUCCCGAGAAUGUAAUACAUGUGACCGGAUUUGGGCCGUUUCGCGGUUUUACCGAGUCAAAUCCAAGUUGGUUGGCUGUUUCGGCAUUGCCGGACAACAUACUGCAUAACAAUGAAUUAAUUCCAAUUGUAAAGCACGAAAUUCCUGUCACUUACGCCGCGGUCGAUCAAAAAGUCAAAGAAAUUUGGGCCAGCAAACCGAAGUUGGUAGUUCAUUGUGGUGUUCAUGCAAAAGCCGAUAAAAUUUGCUUGGAAAAGAAUGCAUUCAAUGGGAAUUUUCGUGAAGCUGAUUAUUCAAAUAAGCUGCCCGAUUGUUGCAGCGUAAUGCUACCGAAUGGUGGAGUGGAGUGCGAAAAGAUAUGUACCACACUGAAUUUAAACAAUAUUAUUAGCGAAAUUGAUACAACAGCACCGAUGAAGUGUUCGAAUCAUCCGGGAAACUACUUAUGUGGCUAUAUUUACCUGAAAUCUCUUGAUGCCGAUCGAGCUCGAAGUUUAUUUAUUCAUGUGCCAUCACCGCGAGAAAAUUUGACCGUUUCAAAUAUCAGUGAAGCAAUUUUAUCUGUUAUUAAGCAUUGCGUUAAGCAAUUAGAUAACCAUCGUUAAUCUAUUAUAUCCAGCAGAAGCUGAAUUUUUUCUCAAAAAAAUAAAAGAAAAAAAAAUAUCUGAAAUAGUUUCUGACGAUAGUUUUCUAUAAUAAAAGAAAGGUCUAAAAAUGCCAUCAAGUUAAAUCAA